AUGACCAAACACAGUCGAGUGCACCAGUCCGGCGACGACAGCGACUCGGACGCCUCUUUCCACAGCCUUCGCGACGACAGCGAACAGCCCAUAUCGACACAUCCUCGACCGCAGCCGUCGUCUCUUUCGAAAGAUAAAGCCGUCCCCACCAAACCAGUGAUCGAACGCUUCUCGCCCGAAGAAGAAGCCACUCUCCUCGCCGAGUCCAACAGCCUCAAAGGCUCGGCCAAUCAACUCUUCGGCAAAGGCAGUUUUGAAAAUGCAAUUCAAACAUACGACCGAGCUCUGUCAUCAUGUCCAAACUACCUCGACUACGAACUGGCCGUUCUCCGCUCCAACGUAGCAGCCUGCCACCUCAAGCUGCAGGAAUGGAAAGAAGCCGUCGAGAGUGCUGAGAAGGGUAUUACCAAUCUCGAAAACCUGGAGCCUCUGCCGACACUGCCAAAGCCCAAGGAUUCACGUAAAGAAGGCAAGGAUGCUGUCGAGGAAGCCAAUGGCGACGGCAUUGAGGAAGUGAGUGAGGAAGUCGAAGAAAGGAUAGCGAAUCUCCAAAAAAGCGGUCGAACAUUAGACGAAGUUCGCAAGUUACAGAUCAAACUUCUGAUGCGACGUGCCAAGGCGAAAGCAGAGUUGGGCACUUGGGCAAACUUGCAAGGUGCAGACGAGGAUUACAGAACAUUAUUGUCUCCUACCAUGCAAGGCUUCUUAUCACCCACGGAUCUGAGAAGUGUCAAGGAAGCCAGCAAGGCGCUGACACCAAGGCUGAAUGAGGCCAAAGAAAGGGAAAUGGGUGAGAUGAUGGACAAGUUGAAGGGACUAGGGAAUAGUGUCUUGGGCAUGUUUGGGAUGAGUACGGAUAACUUUCAAUUUGUGAAGGAUGAAAAGAGUGGAGGGUAUAGUAUGAGUUUCAACCAGAACCCUGGGAAGAAGUAAAGAAUUUAAUAAUGACGCCGACUCGAGCUGUUGAAUAACAUUUCUUCACUCGAUUCAUUCACCUGAAAGUUGAUACCCUGGUUAAAAGGUCUAUUGCCGAAAGAAAAAAUAUCCAAUUCAGCCGGAUUAGAUGUAUUUUGUCUUGGUGUCAGCCAUAAUUAUACCAAGAUUCAUAAUCCAAAUUCGAA